AUGGCGAAAGAUGACGUUCAAGUGCGUGAAGACAACAAGAAGACCCUAAACCGCGGCACGUGGGCGAGUAAAACCGAAUUUCUACUCUCGUGUGCUGGAUACGCGAUUGGUCUAGGAAAUGUUUGGAGGUUUCCGUAUCUCUGUUAUCGCAACGGUGGAGGUGCCUUUCUUGUGCCCUACUUACUGAUGCUCUUCACAUGCGGAAUACCCCUGUUCUUCAUGGAGUCGUCCUUAGGACAAUUCGCGGGAACUGGUUGUAUCACUGUUUUUCGUAUCAGCCCGAUUUUCAAAGGAGCAGGGUUUGCUGUUGUUAUUGUUAAUGUUAUAUGCACAAUGUACUACAAUGUUGUUAUAGCCUACCCAAUAAUGUUUUUGAUAAUGUCUUUAAGGAGUAAACUGCCUUGGGAAGAUUGUGAUAAUCCUUGGAACACGCCCAAUUGCAUAAAAAUCAACGAUGCUCAAUUUAGGAAUACAUCAAAAAUUACCGGGAUAUUAAAAAAAGUCAAAACUCCAGCUGAAGAGUUUUUUAACUUACACAUACUUCAAAUAUCAUCAGGAGUCCACGAAAUGGGUGGAAUAGUUUGGCCACUAUUUACUGCCAACGCCGUGUCCUGGAUAAUAGUAUUCCUCUGUAUCUGUAAUGGUGUAAAAAGUGUCGGAAAGGUUGUCUAUUUUACAGCAACAUUUCCUUUUAUAAUUUUAUUCAUUCUGCUAGUAAGAGGUGUCACACUACCCGGAGCGAUGGAUGGAAUACUGUUUUACAUCAUGCCUAAAUGGUCGGAGCUGACAAACUUAAGAGUUUGGGCAGAUGCUGCAAUACAAAUAUUUUUUUCUCUUGGCCCAGGAUGGGGCGGAAUUGUCAAUAUGGCUAGUUACAACAAGUUCAAGAACGAUAAUCGUUACGAUUCCGUUUGGAUUCCGAUUUUGAACUGUGGUACGAGUAUUUUCGCGGGUUUUGUCGUCUUUUCCGUGCUAGGGUUCAUGUCUUACAGUACAGGUCUUCCGAUCCAAGAAGUCGCUACAGGUGGUCCUUCUCUAGCGUUCGAAACUUACCCAGAAGCUUUAACAAUGCUGCCGAUCCCGCAGUUUUGGUCGAUAUUGUUUUUCUCGAUGCUGUAUUUCCUCGGGAUGGACAGUUGUUUUGUACAAAUUGAAGCCAUCAUAUCGAGUAUCACAGACGCUUAUCCAAAAUGCCAAAAACACAAACUCUUAGUUACCAUGACAUCAUUAUUUAUUUUGUUCCUCGGAUCUAUCAUGUUUGUUACAAAUGGUGGAAUGUAUCUGCUGCAAGUGUUUGAUUGGUAUGCAGCUUCAAUUUCCGUAAUAUCUAUUUGUCUCGCUGAAGUAAUAAUCGUCGGAUGGAUCUACGGCUGCGACAACUUCGUCCGAGAUCUCGAAUUUAUGCUGGGUAAAAAAAUACAUCCCUGGUGGCCUUUUGCGUGGAAAUAUGUCACGCCAAUAAUUUUAUCUUUCAUUUUCGCAACGACGAUAAUAUUCAACACCCGAAUCACGUACCGCGGCGUCCCGUAUCCAGAAUGGGCAGUUUAUAUCGGGUGGUGCUCUUGUAUGGCCAGCAUGCUCUGCAUCCCCGGAUACGCAAUUUAUCAUUUCAUCACCGCCAAGGGAACCUUCAAAGAAAGAUUCGAGGCCGGCAUAAGUCCGACUCCCGAGUGGGGACCUCGAGGAAAGCUCGACUUCGACGAAUGGAAAAAAUUCAUCUCCAGGAGCCAAGAUAAUCCCUCUCAGCUGGCGGACAUCAAUGUUAAUGUCUACAAAGUCACGAAUCUCUAA